AUGGCAAAUUACAUCAGUUACCGACAUAGCUAAUAGGUUCUACCCGACUCCAAUCGGUCUGUAAUUCGCCGUGGCACCAGAAAGCCAUAAAACGAUUCCCCGCAGAGAUGUAAAGAAACGAAAUGAACAAGAAAUGCGACAGAAUUUGUGGGUUUGGCACCUAGAAGCGAGGAACCAAUGAGGAGCGAGGAGGCCAGGCGGCAUCAGUCGGGAGAGGAGCGCAGUGAACCUAAAGAACUGUAGAAAUUACAAUGUGCUCGCUAAUUUCGUGAUAUUAAUGUGUGGCAAGAUGGCAGAGGAACUUCUGUCCCUAAAGUGGAAUAACCACCAGGCCCAUUUUGUGGAUAUCCUUACAUUCCUGCGGGAACAGGAAAUUUUUGUGGAUGCCACUUUGGCCUGUGGUGGGAAGCUAUAUGCAGCACAUAAGUUUGUUCUCAGUACCUGUAGUGACUAUUUUAAACAGAUGUUUACUAAGAACCCUAGUAAACAUCCGAUAGUGUUUAUGAAAGAUGUGACAUCUCGUGAUCUCGAAGCUCUUUUGGACUUCAUGUACAAUGGUGAAGUGAAUGUUCCUCAGUCUAGUCUAGGAUCUCUUAUUAAAACUGCAGAAGGACUACAAAUAAAAGGUUUAGCAGUGCCUGAUGACCCUCCUGUUUCUAAAAGAGAACGGGAACGUGAUAGAGAGAAAAAAGAUAGUAAAACCCAACAUGAACACCACAGUCCCCCAGCUAAGAGAGCGAGACCUAGAGAAAGAUCGCCUCCACACUCCACUCCCUCUCAACCUCCAGCUUCCCUCCCACAAUCCUCGUAUACUUCGACAACACCUACAGUGCCCAGAUCUCGAUCCCCCCAGCCCCCUGCCCCUUCAGCUGGUGCUUCUCAAAUUGGUAUACCCCCUGUGGAAGCAACUCUAGAUGAGGACAGUAGAACAAGUGUACAGAGUGGUGUCAGUGGACUCAGUGAACAAAAUUCGAGCACAACACCUAGUCUAAGUUCUAAACAAGGCAGCAGUCAACCUGUGGGUAACACAGGAGACAAUGCGUCUCAAUUAGACCAGUUGCCGCCAAGUCAUAGUGGAGAAGAGCCCUCGCCUGGGCCAUCUGGAAUCCACAAACCUCAACAGUCAAAAGAAGAGCCAGAAAUGGAGAUCAAGCAAGAAGAUGUGGUGGACCUUGGAGAAGAGGAUGAAGGGGACUGGGGUGUUGAAGGGGAUGGGGGAGGGGGUGACUCCUCAGUUGGGUCUGAAAACCAUCCCAAUUUCCCCGAAGUAAUGCUACCCCAUACAGAUGGUUCCAUGCCUCCCUCAGGAGAUCCAGCAAUGGGGCGGGCAGGGCUGGACGCGGCGCUCAUAGCCAUGGGUGGGCGGACACAUCGCGGCUCAUAUGAUACCCGCCGGCCACACCACUGCUCAUUCUGUGGAAAGCGCUUCCUGAACACAAGUCAUCUUCGUGAUCAUCUCCGCCUCCACACUGGAGAGCGUCCCUUCUCCUGCCGUACUUGUGGUCGUUCAUUUGUUCAGCGACAGCAUCUGCGGCAACAUGAACGUGCUGCCAAGUGCUCUGUACCUAUGUGCCUCACCUGCAAUCAGACUUUUUCAUCCAGGGAUGCACUCACGUUACACAUGAGGCUGCACCUCAUGCCACCCCCCAAUACCACCUCCACCACUACCACCACCAC